AACGGAAGCUCAAGCUUCCCCAUGGAAAGAGAGAGAGAAGUUGAAAAGGGUAGAAGCGAAACCGUAAAUGUGGGAAACGUCUGAAUUCCGGGGUUGUCUGUUAUUAUUAUAAACCGUGUCAGGCCAGAAUAGGAUCUCCUUCGUCCAUCUCUUUGCUUGUUGCUAUGGCAAUUUUAUUUGCUGUGGUAGCUCGUGGCACCACCAUCCUGGCCAAGCAUGCAUGGUGUGGUGGAAACUUCCUGGAGGUAACAGAGCAGAUCCUGGCCAAAAUCCCCUCAGAAAACAACAAACUCACCUACUCUCAUGGCAGCUAUCUCUUCCAUUACAUCUGUCACGACAGAAUCAUCUACCUGGGCAUCACCGAUGAUGAUUUCGAAAGAUCACGAGCCUUUAGCUUCCUCACUGAGGUGAAGAAGCGCUUUCAGACCACCUAUGGCUCUCGGGCCCAGACGGCCCUGCCGUACGCCAUGAACAGCGAAUUCUCCAGCACUCUGGCUGCACAGAUGAAACACCACACAGACCCUCGGGCGUCGGAACGCCUCACAGAGACGCAGUUGCAGGUCGAUGACCUGAAGGGUAUCAUGGUCCGCAACAUUGAUCUUGUGGCCCAGAGAGGUGAAAGACUUGAACUUCUGAUCGACAAGACGGAGAACCUGGUGGAUUCUUCUGUCACCUUUAAAACAACAAGCCGCAACCUAGCUCGUGCCAUGUGUAUGAAGAACCUGAAGCUUACAUUUAUUGUAGCGUUGGUUGUACUGGUUAUACUGUACAUCAUUGUGUCUGCAUCCUGCGGAGGCCUGAGCUGGCCCACGUGCCUGAAGAAAUAGGGCAGAAGAAGCGAGUGAAAAGAGGAAAAGAAACAAGAAAAGAAACAAGCCAACAUCAAACCUCCACUCUCGCUCCCUGGGGUCCGUAAGGGAAAAAAAAGAAAACGUAAACAAAGAAACCACUCUCAAGAAACAUUUGACCACUUGAGCUCCCUACUUCCUUUACCUGGUACUCCUCCUGUCCUCCGACUCAUCCUGCCUGCUCCUGGUUGGAGAAGGAGGUCAGGUAGUCAUGGUGAUGCUUACCGCACUGAUGAGGACAACGAGAUGUUGCGACCCCCCCCCCCCCCCCACACACACACACACACACACACACCAGCCAGUAGCAGGGAUGCAGACUCCAUUGUGGCAAAUCAUUUUUCUUUAGUUUUUUUUCCUUCCAUGUAAUGUGUUUGGUCUUUUCGUGUUCACACCAGUGCGGGAAUAUAAAGUUGUGGACUGACUGACUCAACAACAUGACUGACCCGACCCAAAUGUGUUCUAAUAGCCAGUGUGUUUAAUCUUCAGGUUGAAUUCUGGUCUCCUUUUUGCUUUGGUUCCUGAGAGGAGGAGUCAGGGGGGGGGGGGGGGGUGGGAUCAAGUGAUCGCUUGACUGAGCAUGUGCACAAGAGAUCAGUUGAUCAUGCCUCAUGUGACCCUGUGGCAGAUCAGAGGAGCAUUUGGUCUUUGCUCUGGGUGGUCACUGUUAAUGGUUAUGGUUGCUCAGAGAUGGAGGAAAGCACACAUUUUCUGUUUGGUUGGUAAUGUUGCCAUUUCUGCCAAUAGGUUAUGAUUUGAGUUGAGUUUAAUAGAUUUAUUUUGGAGUCUGAGUUUGCAACCCAAGAUUUUUUUUUAUAUCAUAAUAUGUAAGGAGCCUUGCUAUAAGAAAGUGUAGCCAUUAUGUACUCCCUUUAGAAAAUCAAGUGGGGCUGUCUCCCACAGUGCAUUUGUGCCAAGGCACAAGUCCUAUCUUUCAAAUCUUAGCUAGUUUUGAAAAUCUGUUUCAAGAAAACAAAAACACCGUUUUGUGAAAUAUGCUAAUCACUCUCCAAAGAGGACACUGUUCUGAGGUUUCCAUUUGCCAUAGAAAUGUGAAUUCAUGUGUUUGGUACAUUUAUGCAAACUAUUGGCCUAACGCAAGCUCCCAACCCUUACCAAUCUACUCUCUAAUUCAAAGUUCUUGUCUUUAGACUUGACAGAUAAAAAACACUUAAGUAGUAACUUAGAACUUAUACUCAACCUCCGUGACAUAUUUCAGUCUUUUCCAUUCAGUUGGAAAAUCAGGAUGCUUGGUAGGCAUGCAUGAUGAUCUUUUAACGGUUCCCUGUCUCAGAACAUUGUCAAAAAAUAGGACUGUAUCCAGACGAGGCAUCCUUUGAGACCUCCUUCCGCCCAAUGCCAUUUUCCUUUUAAUGUGUUGGCCUGGACUCAUAUUGAGCUUGGCUGUAAGUACAGGUACAGGUGCAGGUCUGUCUGUGGCAUUCAGAGACAUAGAUCAGGAAUGCACCGGUAAGCCAGACAAGCUGGUGUCACUAUGGCGACGAGCUCUGUUUGGAUGUUUUGGGAGUAACAAUUUCAGUCGCCUUGUCCCUAUGUUUGUUUGUUUUCCAACAAUGCACUUUUUACAUAUACAUUUUGCUUCCUGCCAUGAUGUCUAUAAUCAUGUAAUAAUUUAAAGAUAGUCUAUCUAACAUUUUAAAAGAAAAUAAAAAAGUAUUGUAAAUGACA